AUGACUUUGCCAGAGCCAUACAGUCAAGACACCCUGAACAACUCUCCUCUCGCUGAACAUGGCAGCGAUCUCCCCUGCAAACUUCGCAUGGAUGCAUUCUUGGCUCCUUCGACGGAGACAAUCUAUCAGAUCGGCACUGAGAAUACUAUCAAGUUCAAAGGAAGCGCGACCCACGGUGGCGGGUCAUGCCAACUGAGCCUGACCAAAGACCGUGAGCCAACCAAAGAUUCUGAAUGGAUGGUCAUCAAGUCCUAUGAAGGAGGUUGUCCUACAAAGGCAGAGAGACUCGCCGGAGGCGCCACUGCCGAUAAUGGCCUUCACCUGGAUUUUUCAAUUCCCGAAGGAGUUACGCCCGGGAAAUAUACUUUGGCUUGGACGUGGUUCAAUCGCAUUGGAUAUCGUGAGAUGUACAUGAACUGUGCUCCCAUCACCGUGGCUAAUGGCUCGUUGCAACAGUCCAAAGACGUACAAAAGCAAACGGCUACUUUCCCAUCCAUGUUCGUCGCUAAUAUCAAUGGCUGUAUAACGAAAGAGAACGUGGACAUUCGCUUUCCUCAGCCAGGAAGCAUUGUGGAGCAUGAUGGCCAAAUGGAUCACCUUCUUCGCGAAGGUCAGCCACCAUGCACCGGAACACCUACAUUCGGUGCAUCGGCAGUCAUUCAGUCAUCCAUUCCUGAUGUAACCGAUGGUAUGCUUGGAGAGACAGUAUCAUCUCCUGAUUCAUCCGCUUUGGACCGUACUUCAUCUUCAAUCUCCUCGUGUCGUGUUCUUCGCGGUAAUUAG